UGGCAGUUUGGCCUGUUAGAACCGGUUGCCGUUUAUUUGCGCUACUUGUAGUUACUGUUGCCGACCGAUAGUUGUAUUCAAUUUUAGUUGUGAAAUAGUUGAUUCGACAGUUAUAUAUCAGUGGAUUCGACCAAUGCAAUUGGAAAACUGACUGAUAAGGACAUUAGACGCUAUAUAAACAUCCGGUUUAAAUAUGAAUCGACAGUUGUUUGUCGGUCCGAUUAUUCAUUCCGAUCCUCAAGGUCGUCUAGAUGUGCUACAACGAGCUGCAAUUCUGGUCGAAAAUGGCAAGAUUAUCAACAUAUCAGAGAACCCUAAGCCAGGAGACAUUAAUGCCGACUAUGUCAGGGUCUUAAGUGCAGGCCAAUUCCUAAUCCCAGGAUUUGUUGAUGGUCAUAUUCAUGCGGCGCAGUUCCCAAACCUGGGAAUUGGCUAUAAUAAAUGUCUUCUAGAGUGGCUGGAGACUUACACAUUCCCAAUAGAGAAAAAAUAUGCGGAUUCAGCAUUUGCAGAACAUGUGUAUGAAGCCGUAGUUAAAAGAACUCUAACAAUGGGAACUACUACCGCAUGCUAUUUUGCAUCCUUGCACACAGAGUCCUCUCUAAUUUUGGCCAAACAGGCUGUAAAGUAUGGCCAGCGAUGCUUAGUAGGAAAGGUGAACAUGAAUCAUUCACGGAAAGAUGGUUACUGUGAAAGUACCAAAGAAUCUAUCGCCGGGACCACAAAGAUGAUCAAAGAAAUUGCUGAAUUAAACAGUUCAUUGAUAAUGCCAGUAAUCACGCCAAGGUUUGCCCUGAGCUGUGAUAUGGAGCUCAUGACUGAGUUGGGAAAACUGGCAAAAGAAAUGAAAAUUCAUGUCCAGACCCACAUUUCUGAGAAUCUGGAUGAAAUAGAAGCUGUGACGACUGCUUACAAGGAAUAUCCCUCUUACGCAGCUGUUUAUGAUGCCGCUGGCCUUUUAACAAACAAGACUGUAUUGGCUCAUGGAAUUCACCUUGGGGAUAGCGAGCUUGCGCUCCUCAAAAGCCGAGGAUCUGCCGUAAUUCAUUGUCCAUCUUCAAAUACUUGUUUGAGAAGCGGUCUAUGCGAUGUGCAGCGUUUGAAGGAUCGGGGACUCAAAAUCGGACUGGGAACCGAUAUUUCCGGCGGAGAUAGUUCUUGCAUGCUGAAUGUAAUGCGAGCCGCACUUCAAGUUUCAUAUCACUUAUCUAUCCUCACACCUGGUUACACGCCACUGAACUACAAGGAUGUUUUUCACCUAGCAACAUUAGGGGGAGCUACUGCCUUAGCCAUGCAGGAUGAAAUAGGAAGUUUUGUACCUGGAAAACAGUUUGAUGCUCUCGUUAUUGACUUGAACGGAUCGAACGGGCCACUUGACAAUUUAAUUGAAUACACCUUAGAGAACAGGCUCGAGAGGCUGAUUCACUCAGGUGAUGAUCGCAACAUCGUUGAGGUUUAUGUCGCUGGUCACCGGGUGAAAUAAAUGGGCCUGGUAAAACAAUAGGAGAUGAAAAAUAUUUCAUCUCAACGGUAUAAUAAACGGUUUAUAAGUAUUUACAGCAAUUUGAACCAGUGAAAGUUUGCAACCUGAUUUUUUUAUAAUAAUUAUUACUACGCAUGUCGCUAGGUUCGAACGUGAAACCAAACUUGAAAACUAGAUUUGUAGAACUUAAAAAAAUUGGGACCAACGAUUCCGUACUUUUCAUACUUUAUUUUUUUAACGUUAUUAAUAUUCUUAUUAUGAUGACGAUUGUUAUUAUUAUUAUUAUUUAUCAGUGUAUCAUUUUAAUUUCUCUGAAUUAAAUAAACCUGCAUUAUUCCAUUUUCUAAGA